AUGAUCACACGUGUCGGCGACGUUGAAUCGCCUAGAAGAGGAAGUCCAAGCGAGGUGUUCUCUUCUGAUAUCAAUCAUAUUCACAUGAAUCGGAAGGAAGAGAAGAAAGGAUGUUCAAAAUGGACAACCAUCGCGUUCGGAGUGCUCGCCAUCCUUUUCCUCCUCUCAACAAUUGCUCUCGCUAUCGUUGUCGGUAUCAAAUACAGUGAGGACGACAAACCAACCGAGAAAAUAAUUCAACGAGACGAAAACGGAAAAGUGCAAUUCGACUGGCCGACACCGUCCGGAAGUCUGUUCGCUCAUUACAAGAAGGCAGCGGUUACAUCUGACCAUGGACUUUGCUCCGAAAUCGGAAGAGAUAUUUUGAUAGAGGGAGGAAAUGCGGUGGAUGCAAUGAUUGCUUCCUUAUUGUGCAUCGGAACAGUGAACCCACAAUCUUCUGGAAUCGGAGGAGGCUUUGUGAUGACACUUUAUAACGCCUCCACCGGAAUGUGCCAAACCAUCAACGCCCGUGAAACCGCGCCUGCCGCCGCCUCUGAAACUAUGUUCGUCGCCAACCCCAAGGAAUCCGUCAUGGGAUACAAAUCCAUUGCCACACCAUCGGAACUUCACGGCUUUUGGACUGUCUUCAACAUGUAUGGAUCUGGAAAAGUUACAUGGGCUCGCUUGUUCCAGCCAUCCAUCACCCUGGCGCAUAACGGAUUUCCAGUAUCUUCCAAUCUUGCCAUGGUUUUGGCGGAUAAGGAGAAAUAUAUCAGGGAGGAGGCGACUAUGAAAGACAUCUUCGUCAACCCGAAAACAAAUCGUGUCUACGAAGAAGGAGACAUUCUGAAGAGACAACGACUCGCCAGCACAUACGCUCUUCUCGCUAAUGCCACUGAUCCGGUUGAGCUCUUUUAUAAGGGUGGAAUGGCUCAAACUAUCGCUGGAGAGAUCACAGAUAACGGGGGUUUUGUGAACGAAUCUGAUCUUGCAAGUUAUGAAACUCUCAUUGAUGAUGCUCCAUUGCUGAGCACCCACUUGCCAGGAGACUACGAGAUGUGUGGACCACCACCGCCAUCGAGUUUUGUUAUCACUCAAAGUAUUAUUCAAGUCAUGGCUCAAUUCUACAAAGACGACCAAGUCGAUCUGGAUGAUCCCCUGGUGUAUCAUCGUCUUAUCGAGGCUGAGAAGUUUGCCUACGCACAACGGACUAAGCUGGGAGAUAUCAAAUUUGUGGAAUCAGCGAGAGCACUGGUGGAUGAUAUGAUGACUGAAGAACACACGAAAAAAAUCGCCGCGUUGAUCAAAGAAACCGCUCAGCCAUUGGACUAUUAUGGAGGCGAAAAGAAGGAUAUGCCAAAUUCUGAACAAGAGCUGCAGCCAGACUCUGAGACUAUCAAUAAGGCCCCAGACCAUGGAACAUCUCAUGUCUCUAUCAUUGACGCUCAUGGAAAUGCAGUCUCUUGUACCUCGACUGUUAAUCAGAUCCUUGGAUCAAUGCGUGCUUCUCCAACCCUGGGUAUUGUCUGGAAUGAUCAGAUGGACGAUUUCUCGACUCCUGGACUCAAGAAUUCCUUCGGCUACGCUCCAUCGGAGACCAACUUCAUCCAACCUGGAAAACGACCAAUGAGCUCAAUGAGCCCUAUGAUUAUCUACAACAAGAACGAAAACCGAGUCGAGAUGGUUGCCGGUGCAUCCGGAGGGUCUUAUAUCAUCUCUUCAACCGCUCAAACUGUUAUCAGAACUCUUCUUUUCAAUCAGACUGUCAAGGCGGCUAUCGAUGCACCAAGAUUCCAUAACCAAUACCUUCCAGAGGCCACUGAGACCGAGGAGGCUAUGCCGAAAGCGUUGAGAGAUGUGUUGGUUGAGCAGUACAAGCAGAAUUUCACAGUUGUUCCAAGACAGAAAUCUGUGGUUCAGGCGCUGAUUUCAUUGGAAGGAUUCGUCGAGGGCAACAGUGACUUCCGGCGGAAAACCGCCACCUACCCAGCCGGUUAUUGA